AUGAAUUUCUCCCAGACCGACGCCGAUGACGUCUCCUCCAGAGCUUCCACGCCCCUUUCUCCUAUCUCAGAGCGUAGGCUGUCAACGAGGCAACAUGGUGACAAUGGUGAUGCUGGCUCAUCGCCUGGUGAAUCGACCGAUGGAGCACCGGAUGGAGAGGAAAAGUUGGAAAAAAGCAAGGUUUUUUUGGUGAUGCCGGCGCUUUGUUUGGCUUUGUUUUUGGCUGCUUUGGAUAUGACUAUUAUUUCUACAGCUCUGCCGACCAUGGCUGCUAGCCUGCAUGCCAACGAAAGUGGAUAUUCAUGGAUGGCCUCGUCAUACUUACUAGCCAACGCUUCUUGUGUCCCACUCUGGGGCAAGUUCAGUGAUGUCUGGGGACGAAAGCCCGUUCUUCUCAUUGCCAACUUUGUCUUCCUCAUUGGCAGUUUGAUCUGUGCUCUCGCGACCAACUUGACCAUGAUCUUGGUCGGACGAGCUGUGCAGGGUAUCGGAGGUGGCGGCAUCAUCGUGCUGGCCAAUAUCAGUGUUUCAGACUUGUUUAGUACUAGGGACCGGCCGAUGUACUAUGGUAUCUUUGGUGCUAUCUGGGCUAUUGCUGGUGCUUUGGGUCCGAUCAUUGGAGGUGCUUUCACUACCAGUGUGUCUUGGCGAUGGUGUUUCUGGAUUAACUUGCCUGUCGGAGGAGUCUCGUUCAUCGCCCUGCUCCUCUUCCUCAGGAUUGAAUCGACCAAAACACCCCUGAUGGCUGGUCUCCGCAGUAUCGACUGGAGUGGCAUGAUCCUCAUCCUCGGCGGCACGCUCAUGUUCCUGUUCGGCCUCGAGUUUGGCGGCGUCAACUUCCCCUGGGACUCACCCACCGUCAUCUGUCUCAUCAUCUUCGGCGUCGUCGUCUGGGCACUCGCCAUGCUGAACGAGUGGAAAAUCGCCAAAUACCCCGUCAUCCCGCCCCGUCUCUUCAAGGAAUGGCACAACGUCUGCGUCCUCCUCAUCUGCUUCUGCCACAGCUUCGUCUUCGUCGCAAGCACCUACUACCUCCCCCUGUACUUCCAAACCAUCCUCCUCGCCACCCCCAUCCUCUCCGGCGUCUACAACCUCCCCAUGAUCCUCGCCCUCUCCAUCUUCUCCACGGGCACCGGCUUCGUCAUUAAAAAGACAGGCUCCUAUCGCCCCCUCAUCUUCUUCGGCUUCUUCUUCAUGACCCUGGGCUAUGGCCUCUUCAUCAACCUCAAACCCUACGCCGACUGGCCCCGCAUCAUCCUCUUUCAAAUCAUCGCCGGCGCAGGCGUCGGCCCCCUUUUCCAAUCCCCCCUCGUCGCCUUCCAGGCAAACGUCCACCCCUCCGACAUGGCCACCGCUACCGCUACCUUCGCCUUCAUCCGCCAAACCGCCUCUUCCAUGUCCGUCGUCCUCGCGACAGUCAUCUACCAAAACGUCCUCGCCGAGAAAAUCAACCAGCUCUCCUCCCUUCUCGGUCCCGAGACCACCGAAAAGCUAGCUACCUCCUUCUCCGCCUCCUCAAAGGGCCUUAUCUCCUCCUUGCCCACGGAUCAAAAGGAUGCCGUCAUGGAAGCCCUCACUUUCACCUUCAGCCGCAUGUGGAUCUUCUACGCUGCUAUCGGCGCUAUCGGUAUCGUGCUGAGCUUGUUCGUUCGUCAGGUCGAGCUUAGCAAGAAGCAUACCUUUACUAAGACAGGCCUUGAGGAGCAAGAACGUGCUAGGCAGGAGCUUCUGGCUAAUGAGCGCAGUGAGUCGGAGAAGAAUGGUAAGGCUGAGGUUUAG